GGGUCGGGAGCCGCUGAGGAUGGAGAUUGAUGCGGGGGCCCCCGGGGCUCCUUUAGACCCACUCACUCUUGGCAACUGCGCCUGGAGAUCCUGGUCCUCGCGCCCAAGGGCUGUCGUGGGGUUCGCGGGGCCUCCUGCCGCUGACUUCCCCCUUAGAGCUCGGAGACCCUGCCGCCUUCCUGCCUCCCUUCUCUUCCCAGCUGAGGCUGGAGCUCUGGACUCCCCAGAGUGCUGGAGCUGGGGGGGAGGUCAGGGGAGUCGGUGCGCAGAGGGUGAGUCGCCCCCCUCCCAGGUGGACCCACGGUUUCGGGCCCCCCUCAUAUGGAAAUAGGAGCUCCCCUCCCCCGACUUCGGGGAGCUCUCCUCCCACGCGGCUCAUCGGGGUGUCCUGACCCUGCAGGACUCCCUGAGCUAGGAGAAGCAAAGCCCCCAAACAGAGGGCAGGGUGUGGCCCCCACCGGUUAGCCCAUGAUUCAGCCCCUCGGCGCGCGGCCCACCUUGGGGCCGAGACCACGCUCCUGGCUCAGAGCUCUGGGCUGCAGCCUCCCUAGUCUGAGCAAGUUGCUCCCCAACACGCCUGCUCCCUGGUGCUGGGCCGGGGGCUGGGUGCACAGUCGUGGCCUCUCGUCAGUUCCAGCCCUGAGGGAUCCUUGAGGGAGAUCUGGUCAGGCUCAACCCUGGGACCAGGAAACAAGGCUCCCCAGCAAGCUCUGGACAGCGCUCUGCUCUCUGAACCUCAGUCUUCUCAUCUGUGAAGUGGGGAUAAGAGCCCCUACUGUGCAGAAUUACCAGGAAGAUUCAGUGAGUGGGUGGUGCUUAGCAAGGCCUCGGCCUUCAUUGAUAUUAGAGGGAAGUUUCCCAGCUAGGCAUCAGAGGAUUGGGGCAAGCUCAUGGACAGGCAGGCCUUGAACAAUGAAUAACCAGAAAACUAACAGUGGCUGGCAUUGACGAAGCACUUUCAAACCCUUGCCACAUCUGCUUGAAGCCUAACAACUUUGUGAGUUACCUAUUCUUAUUAUUCCAUUUCACAGAUGAGGAAACUGAGGCUCAGAGAGGUCCCAUGGCUUGUCCGAGGCCCCUCAGCCAGUAAGUGGUGGAACCGGGAUUCCCACUUGAACUUGAGAAGCUGUACUGAUCACGGCCUUCUCAGAGCAGGACUGUGAUGGGGCCGACCAAGGGCACAGUGGCCCUGGCUGAGGGCACUGCUCAGGCAAAGUGGCUUCUGGCCUCGAUUCUGCUGGAGGUGGCUGGACACAAGUACUUUCUCCCUUUUGACAGAUCUUACUUAAUAAUGCGCGAAGUCAAAACGAAAAAAAAAACCAACAACGAAGUCCUUCAGUGGUCCUCCUGCAUCCAUCUCCAGGGCCCUGGAGCACAGUGGAGAAUGUGUGAGCCCACAUCCCUGACCCCUGGGCCCCCUGCAGGACGCUGGCCCCUGCCCCUCAGCAGACGCCGCCGGAGAGAGAUGAGUAGCAACAAAGAGCAGCGGUCGGCAGUGUUCGUGAUCCUCUUUGCCCUCAUCACCAUCCUCAUCCUCUACAGCUCCAACAGCGCCAGUGAGGUCUUUCAUUACGGCUCCCAGCUGGGCCGCACCCGCCGGCCCGUCAACCUCAAGAAAUGGAGCAUCACCGAUGGCUACGUCCCCCUGCUCGGCAACAAGACACUGCCCUCCCGGUGCCACCAGUGUGUGAUUGUCACCAGCUCUAGCCACCUGCUGGGCACCAAGCUGGGCCCCGAGAUCGAGCGGGCCGAGUGCACGAUCCGCAUGAAUGACGCACCCACCACGGGCUACUCAGCCGAUGUGGGCAACAAAACCACCUUUCGCGUGGUGGCCCAUUCCAGUGUAUUCCGUGUGCUGCGGAAGCCCCAGGAGUUUGUCAACCGGACCCCUGAAACCGUGUUCAUCUUCUGGGGUCCCCCGAACAAGAUGCAGAAGCCGCAGGGCAGCCUGGUGCGCGUCAUCCAGCGGGCAGGCCUGGUCUUCCCCAACCUGGAGGCCUACGCCGUGUCUCUCGGGCGCAUGCGCCAGUUUGACGACCUCUUCCGGAGUGAGACAGGCAAGGACAGGGAAAAGUCCCAUUCGUGGUUGAGCACAGGCUGGUUCACCAUGGUGAUUGCGGUGGAGUUGUGUGACCACGUGCACGUCUAUGGCAUGGUCCCCCCCGACUACUGCAGCGGCCACGACUACAGCACAUGCCCUACCACUACUAUGAGCCCAAGGGGCCGGACGAGUGUGUCACCUACAUCCAGAACGAGCACAGCCGCAAGGGCAACCACCACCGCUUCAUCACGGAGAAGAGGGUCUUCUCGUCCUGGGCCCAGCUGUACGGGAUCACCUUCUCCCACCCCUCCUGGACCUAGGCCACCCCGACAUGGGACUCUCAUAGGGGACACAGGAGCAGGGGUCUCCGCCCAGCCGCUCGACCGAGGGCCAUCUCCUGCCCAAUCAAGGCUGGCCGGAGUGUCUUCUGGCCAAUCAGGCCAGAAGAGGGUGUAUCCUCCAGCCAUUCAGCGCCUGGGGGGACCUCUGGGCCAAUCAGGGAUUUGGGCUUCUAUGUGGUUAAUCAGGUGUUGAGGGUAUUUCUUGUCCAGUCAGGGUCUGAGCAGAGUCAAUCAGGGUAUUUCUGAGUAAUCUGAGGCUGAGGUCAUGUCCUUUCCCAUGAGGCCUUGGUUCAGAGCCCCAGGAUGGACCCCAGAUCACGUCCUGUUGGUUGGGACAGUGGGGUCUUGUCCCAAGGAGCUGGGAACCUUGUGUUGUCCCCUCACUUCCCAGAGCCAGAAAGAGGUUGCAUGGGGGUGGGAGCUGUCUGGAGGCCAGGCUGGGGCAUUUGGGGGUUGGGGGUGGGUCCCAGGAGUGGGAGGCUGGUGUCGGGUCUUGGCUCUGCCUUGAGUGACCUUGGACGAACCCUCUCGGGGCAUUGUUCUGUCUGUGUCAGGUCCGAGAACCCUCCCACCUUCCUCAGCAACCACCUUGGGCCUGUCCUCCUGGGUCUGCCUUCCGUUAAGCCUGGACUCCUCCAGCCACACCCUUUGCUGGGGUGCUCAGCUCCCUGAGAGUCUGGGGUUCUCUUUCCCUCCUCCUCCUGGAAACUUGAAGGUAUUUUUACACAAGCUCCCUCAGGCUUUGGGACUUUGAAAGGAAAGGAUAAACCUUUGGCGGUUUUCUUAGCCCCGCUGUCCAGCUGCCAUUAGCUUGGCUCUUAAAGAGCCAGGCCCCCUUUUCUGCCAUCCAGCAGUGAGGUUUUCCACCUGUUUCAGGAGCUUUGGGGGCUGAGAAAGGGGGGAUCCCAGCCCAACUGAGAUUUCCUGCAGCCCUUUUGUCUUCAGCUGCUGGGGCCUCCCCCUCGCUGGGCCUGGGAAGGCUCAAGGGGACUGGGAGCUGUCACCUGGGUUCUGUCCCCUCACUCUACACCAGGCACUUUAUUGCUGGGCCUCAGUGGGGUGGAUUUCCCCACGCUGCUCUUCUGGAGUCUCGAAGGAAAGACUGGAGGGCUUCCUGGUGGAGGCCGUGGAAUGGGAGGGGUCAGGUGGAGGAGGAGGAGGCCAGCAAUGAGCCAUUGCACAUUGGGGCCCAGGUUGGGGCGCGGGGGGGGGGAUGUUGGCCACUACCCUAACCUUGGUUUUGUAAUGAUUUGUACAGGAAUAAACACACCUAAGCUCUG